AUGGCAAAAGCAAAUCGCACCUCAGUGUAUGAGUUCAUCUUUGUUGGAUUUGCUGGCUCUCCAGAGUUACAGAGUUUGCUCUUCAUAUUCUUCCUGACAGUUUAUUUCAUUACCGUGCUGGGAAAUCUUGGGAUGUUUCUGCUCAUCCAGAUGGACUCAAGACUUCACACCCCCAUGUACUUCUUCCUUAGUAACCUGUCAUUGGUUGACCUUUGCUAUUCUUCUGUGGUCACCCCAAAGAUGUUGAGGGAUUUUGUGAUAGAAAGCAAAACAAUUUCCUUAACGGGAUGUGCAGCACAAAUGUGGUUUUUUGGCUUCUUCGUGGCUGCUGAAUGUUAUCUCUUGGCUUUGAUGGCAUAUGAUCGGUAUGUUGCCAUUUCUAACCCACUGCAUUAUACAGUCAUUAUGUCUAGGAAAGUCUGUUUAUUACUCUUAGUUGGACCAUGCUUUGCUGGACUAUUAAAUGGCACCGCACAUACGGUUAUGACUUUCCGAUUAACUUUCUGCAAGUCCAAGAUCGAUCACUUUUUCUGUGAUAUCCCUGCUGUGAUAUCCCUUUCCUGCUCAGAGACACAAACCAACAAGAUAGUUCUCUUUAUCAUGUCCUGCACUCAUGGCACUCUCAGCAGCUGUUUUAUUAUUAUCUCCUACAUCUAUAUUCUUUCUGCCAUCCUGAGGAUCCGAUCUGCCGAGGGCCAGCGGAAGGCUUUCUCCACCUGUUCCACCCACCUCACGGCUGUUUCCAUCUUCUAUGGCACCCUCUUCUUUAUAUAUGUGCGGCCCAGCAGUAGCUUCGUAGCAGACCAGGGCAAGAUGUUUUCCGUGUUUUAUACAGUGGUCAUCCCCAUGUUAAACCCAUUCAUCUAUAGCAUCAGGAACAAGCAAGUUCAAGAUGCUGUAGGCAAGGUGAUCAGGAGAAAGGGACUUUUAUGA